AUGGCGCGAUGGACCCGUGCGCUGGGCCGUGGGCCCUUGGAGGUGGAGGAGCUCCUGCGGAGCAUGCGGAGCAGCCAGGUCGAGAUCAACGACUUCCACCAGUGCACGGCCAUGAGCAGUUACACGAAGUCCUCGGCCUGGCCGCGGGCGCUCCGGACCGUCGGCGUGUCGUCUGACGCGGCGCGGGCGAACGCGGCGUUGAGGGCUUGGGCAGCGGGAGGCUCUUGGGCUGCAGCGAUCUCCUUCCUCAGUGACCUUAAGGACCUGAAGACCGACACCAUUAGUUUCAACUCCUCCAUGGCUGCGCUGUCGCAUGCGCCCCACUGGCCCCAAGUUCUGGAGCUCCUCCGCUGGAUGCAGCAUGAGGGCUUGCUCCCCAGCGCCGUCUCGCUCCACUACGCCGUGGGGAUGGCGUCCUGGGCCAGCGCGCUGGCGCUGCUGGAGGGGAUGCGCGGCGUGCGGCGGACGGAGGUGACGUGCACGGCAGUGCUCGGCGGUUUGCGCGCCGCGCCGAGGAGAAGGCGCUGGCCAUUGGCCGUGGGGUUCUUGGAAGCUGCCCAGUGGUCGCCCUCGCUGCUGAGCCAAGAAGGACGCAACGCGGCGCUCAGCCUCGUCGCGUCCUGCGGCCGCUGGGCGCUGGCGCUCCACGCCGCGCUCCACGCGGCGGCGGACGUCGUGAGCUUCAGCACAGCCAUCAGUGCAUGUGAACAGGCUGGCCGCUGGCAGUUGACUUGGAUGCUCUUGGAACUCAUGUGGGACAGGAAGGUGAAGGUGAACAACUUCAGCUACAACGCGGCGAUGAGCGCCUGUGCGAAGAGCACCGCCUGGCGCAAAGCCUUGGAGCUCUUUGAAGCCAUGCCACGGCUACGGGUGGAGCAGGACGUCGUCAGUCACAAUGCGCUGCUCGAAGCUUGCGUGCAGAAGGAGACGGCGGCAGGAGCAGGAGUUGAAGAGAUCUUGGCGAGCAUGAACGAGGCGUUGAUCUUGCCCAAUUUGAUCAGCUACAGCACUGCACUGAUGGCCUUUGAAAAGGAGGGGCGAUGGGAGGAGGGGCUUCAGCUGCUGCGGCGCAUGCGGCAGACGCUCCUCCAGCUGGAUGUGAUUUGCUACAACUCUGCCAUGAGCGCGUGCAAAGUCGCCAGCCAAUGGCAGGCCGCGUGGCAAUUGCUGCGCCCCAGCGAAACAACGGUCGCGGGCUUCAGCGCCCUCUGCGCCGCGUCGCGCUGCCAGUGGCGCGCGGCGUUGCGCGCGGUGGAGCUGGCGCUGGGCGCGGGGAGAGCCACGGUCGUCAUGUAUGCCUCCACCCUCGAAGCCGCUUCUUGUGCCGCGGCCUGUGCUGCUUCUGCGGGUGCUUCGGUGGCAUCGGUGUGGCUCAUGCACAGCUUAGAGGAAGCAGCGUGGGACUUGCGCUGUCAGGCUCAGAAGGAGUAG